AUGUCAGACGUUCAAGCCGAGAAACAAGCUGGUGAUAUUGUAAAUGGAUCAACGGAUAAAACGAAGAAAGAAUCCACACCUGUCACGGAGUUCUCAUUUUUUCCUCCACAUGUGUAUGAUGAGCAAGGUUAUUUGAAUCUACUCCGGUACAUCUUAGCCAGUGGAAUAGCACGCCCAGAUCGAACAGGAACAGGUACACUGGCUGUUUUCGGUCCNGCGACGUACUUUCAUUCUCAGGUUUUCUUUCGCGGUAUCGUCGAAGAGCUGUUGUGGUUUAUUCGUGGUUCCACCGAUUCCAAAGAACUUGCCGCUCGAAAUGUUCACUUCUGGGAUGCGAACGCAUCAAGGACAGUUCUGGAUAACCUGGGGUUCCCCAAUAGAGAGGAAGGUGAUCUGGGGCCUGUCUAUGGAUUUCAGUGGCGUCACUGGGGCGCUGAUUAUGUUGACUGCAAGACGGAUUACACCGGACAGGGUGUUGAUCAGUUGGAUGAAGUCAUCCGUUUGAUUCGCGAUCGUCCUUGGGAUCGCCGGAUUUUGAUGGUGGCGUGGAACGUAAAGGACAUUAAACAAAUGGCACUCCCCCCAUGUCACUGUCUGGUGCAGUUUUUUGUUGCCAACGGCGAACUAUCGUGUCAACUUUAUCAGCGUUCAGCUGAUCUGGGUCUGGGCGUCCCGUUUAACGUUGCGAGCUAUUCACUGCUCACCUACAUGAUUGCUCAUAUGACUGGACUCAAACCGGGUGAAUUUGUGCACACCAUGGGUGAUGCGCAUAUCUACUCAAAUCAUCAAGAAGCGUUGACCGAACAGAUCAAAAGAGUUCCGCGACCGUUCCCGAAACUGCGUAUUUUACGAAAUGUGGAUGACAUCAAGGACUUCAAAUUUGAAGAUUUCGAACUGAUUGGCUAUAAACCGUACCCGAAAUUACCCAUGGAAAUGGCCGUCUAA